AUGUCCUCCAAAGGCGAUUCAACUAGCAGCGACCUUCCACUCUAUGGGAGAAUCGUUCGUGGUGUCUACAAAUGUGUCCCCGAAUUCAAUCUUCCUGGAACCAGCCUACCGAUUUCCUUUGUUUCGGUUUCAACCCUGUUCUUUAUUACCAUCCGCAUUUUGGGAAACAAGUUCUUGGAGGCUGGCCUAGGUUGGCCUGAAAAUUCUGUUGUUACCGAUCGCGCAGCGUCCAGUAUUCCCUCCGUUUUCCAUUCAACCCUGCUUUGCCCUGGGCUCAUCGUAGCCCUGUUGGCUCGCAAAUACGUUCCCUCGGAACACUUAUCGAAGGGAAGUGAGGCCUGGCAAGAUUUGGUGAAUGCACUACUACAAUUCUGCACGGGAUACAUGGUGAAUGACACUAUUUUCCUAAUCUACCGUGCGCAACAAGCGUCAGGACUUUGGAUUCCUCCUGUCCCAUUCGGCGAUAAACUUUUCUUGGGGCAUCACUUUGUGACCAGUUUGUACAUGACUCAAGCAAGAGGUUACAAGGCUGGACAUAUGUCGGCUAUGAUGUGCAUGUUGUUGGGUGAAUUGAGCAAUCCUUUCCACAAUUUAUAUUACAUUUUUGGCAUUGCUUCGGAAUUGGAAUGCUGUUAUGGACCCAUGGCACAAUCCAUUAACUCUGUCCUUCCAGCAAUCUUUGCGAGUAUUUAUGUGUUAUUACGGGUUGUUGCGGCUCCACCUGCUAUGUUGUAUACCACUUACGACUUGCUGACAAACAAGGAGGGAAAAGAAAGCUUACCGUUUGCGAUCCGUUUCUUUUGGGUGUUUAUGAUCUGGGCUGUAAUUUUCGGUAGCAUUCCUGAAAUCAUCACAUGCAAGGGCAUUCUGGAGGAAUUCAUGACUCGUGGCGCAGAACAAGAGCUAUGA